GGCAAAGGUGAAGAAAGGUGUGAACGUUUUCAGUGUAAGAGCCAGCAGCCCAUACUUGUGGGACAUCAGAGAGAGCGUGGAUUAUACCGGGAAAUAUGCACCAGCUGUUAUUGUUUGCCAGAGGAAAUCUGCUGCCUCUGAAAACAGUGCGGAUGGUCCUUCCUCUGAAAUCAUGCAGAUUGACUUUGAAAUUGAAGACCUAACUGACCUACCUGGGACCCAGCUCAUCACAUGGCAGGUAGAAUAUCCUGGAGAUACAGCAUCUGAUCUAGGAAUCUCCAAGAUCUACGUAAGCCAGAAGGACCUGGUAGGAGUUCUCCCUUUGGCUAUGGAAGCAGAGAUCCUGAAUACAGCUAUUCUGACUGGAAAAACAGUGGCUGUCCCUGUCAAAGUGAUCUCUGUGGAAGAUGAUGGCACUGUGACUGAUCUUCUGGAAUCUGUGGAGUGCAGAUCAUCAGAUGAAGAUGUCAUUAAGGUUUCUGACAGAUGUGACUAUGUCUUUGUCAACGGGAAGGAAAUGAAAGGCAAAGUGAAUGUCAUAGUUAAUUUUACUUACCAGCAUCUGAGCGCCCCUUUAGAAAUGACAGUCUGGGUUCCUCGUCUCCCGCUGCAGAUAGAGGUCUCUGACACAGAACUAAAUCAGAUCAAGGGAUGGAGAGUCCCCAUCAUCUCUAAUAAGAGACCAGCCAGGGACAGCGAUGAUGAAGAAGAGGAUGAACGUAAGGGAAGAGGCUGUGCCCUUCAGUACCAACAUGCAAUGGUGCGAGUCCUCACACAGUUUGUAGCUGAAGCUUCAGACCCCGGUGGCCAGCUGAACUAUUUACUGGGUUCUGACUGGCAGAUUGACAUUACCGACCUGGUGAGUGACUUCAUGCAGGUGGAGGAGCCCAGAAUCGCUAAGCUGCAGGACGGGCAGGUUUUGAUUGGGCAAGAGCUUGGAAUGACAACAAUUCAGAUACUGUCCCCCCUUUCAGAUGCUAUCUUGGCUGAGAAGACAGUGACAGUUCUGGAUGAGAAGGUGACAAUAACUGACCUGGGAGUGCAGCUGGUGACUGGAUUGUCGCUUUCUCUGCAGCUCAGUCCAGGAAGCAAUAAGGCCAUCUUUGCUACUGCAGUAGCACAAGAGCUGCUCCAGUCUCCAAAGCAGGAAGCAGCCAUCAGCUGCUGGAUCCAGUUCAGUGAUGGAUCUGUCAUGCCCCUGGAUAUUUAUGACUCCAAAGACUUCUCCUUGUCAGCUACAUCUCUGGAUGAGAAGGUGGUCUCUGUUCACCAUGACCCCAAAUUCAAGUGGCCUGUGGUUGCUGCUGAGACAGAAGGACAGGGGACACUGGUGAAGGUAGAGAUGGUGAUCAGUGAAUCAUGCCAGAAAUCCAAAAGAAAGAGCAUCCUAGCUGUUGGAAGUGGUAGCAUUAAAGUCAAGUUUGGGCAGAGUGAUGGCAACCCUAACAUCAGUGACAGUAAACACAGGGGUGCUGGUGUCCACCUAGAAAAUCAUGCCAGUGACCGGCGUCAAAAAACUACUUCGCAGGAACGAGGUGGGCUAGAUGGCCAGUAUUACAGCUCCUCAAUGGGCCAUGAGCAAGGCAAAGGAACCACUACUCAAAGGUCUAUUCUAAGUAAAAAAGAAGACAGAGAAAGCCUUCUGGAUGACGACAGCCAUCUGCAGAACAUCCCAAUAGACUUCACAAGCUUCCCUGCACAGGUGGAUCUGCCAAGAAGCAAUGGAGACUUGGAAGAGAAUGAUCUAGUCCAGACCCCUAGGGGUCUCAGCGACCUGGAGAUAGGGAUGUAUGCUCUUCUGGGAGUCUUUUGCCUGGCAAUUCUGGUUUUCCUUAUCAAUUGUGUCACUUUUGCUUUGAAGUACAGAAACAAACAAGUUCCCUUUGAAGAGCAAGAAGGCAUGAGCCACUCUCAUGACUGGGUUGGGCUGAGCAACAGGACAGAACUUCUGGAGAACCACAUAAAUUUCUCAUCCCAACAGGAUGAACGUAUCACAGCCAUUGACAGAGGAGUGGACUAUGAAGAGAGCAAAUAUCUCCUCAACACAAAUACCACCAAAAAUAUUAAUGGACAAUCUUUCAGGUCUACUGAGUCCACAUUCACUGAAGGGAAAGAACAGAAAAGUGAACCAACUACUUCUCCUACCUCUAAGAGGAAACGGGUUAAAUUCACCACCUUUACCACCAUCUCCUCUGAUGAUGGGUGUCCAACUGUCAACUCAAUCUUGAUGAGCAGUGAGGAUGACAUUAAAUGGGUCUGCCAGGAUAUGGACCUGGGGGAGUGCAAAGAACUUAAAAACUAUAUGGAGAGAUUACAUGAAAAUGUGUAA